UUUAAAGCAGGUUCACACUAAAGAGGUCAGAACACUCUGACAGAGAGAGAGAAGCUCCUGGUGAGGAUGACCGGAUGAUGGAGGGAGUGAAACUCACACCAAACACAGCCUGCUGAGAUAAAACCGUGGCAGCGAUGGCGGCGUGGCUGGGCCGUGUCUCUCUGGGCGACGCAUGGUUCAACAUGUGCAGCCGUCUGCUGAGGACCAAGCCCGUGGGCUCCAUGGCUCACGAAUCGGACGACCUCACCGAGCUCGGCGAGGGCUCGCCGGUCGGCCUGGCCAAGGUCCUGACCACCGUGGACCUGGUGUCGCUCGGCGUGGGCAGCUGCGUCGGCACGGGGAUGUAUGUGGUCGCCGGGCUGGUCGCCAAGGCCAUGGCUGGGCCCGGGGUCAUCUUGUCGUUUAUCAUCGCAGCCGUGGCAUCGAUACUGUCAGGCGUGUGCUACGCAGAGUUUGGCGUCCGCGUGCCCAAAACCACCGGCUCCGCCUACACCUACAGUUACGUGACAGUGGGGGAGUUUGUGGCGUUCUUCAUUGGCUGGAACCUGAUCCUGGAGUACCUGAUCGGCACGGCGGCGGGCGCCUCAGCCCUCAGCAGCAUGUUCGACUCCCUGGCCAAUCACAGCAUCAGCAGCUACAUGAUCACACACCUGGGCACGCUCCGAGGACUCGGUAAAGGUGAGGACACAUACCCAGACGUCCUGGCGCUCUUCAUCGCCUUGCUGGUGACCGCCAUCAUCGCGCUCGGCGUGCGAAACUCGGUCGGCUUCAACAAUGUCCUGAACGUGGUCAACCUGGUCGUGUGGGUGUUCACCGUCAUCGCUGGACUUUUCUUCGUCUCCAUCAGCAACUGGGAGGGUGGCGACUUCCUGCCGUACGGCUGGUCGGGGGUGAUGAAAGGCGCCGCCACCUGUUUCUACGCCUUCAUCGGCUUCGACAUCAUCGCGACGACGGGAGAGGAAGCGAAAGACCCGAACACGUCCAUCCCGUACGCCAUCACCGCCUCGCUGGUCACAUGUCUCACCGCCUACGUGUCGGUGAGCGUGAUCCUGACUCUCAUGGUUCCCUACAACCUCAUCGACGGCUCGGCUCCUCUCAUGGAGAUGUUCGCUGACCACGGCUUCCUGUGGGGGAAGUACACGGUGGCUGUCGGCGCCAUCGCCGGACUCACCGUGUCUCUGCUGGGAUCUCUGUUCCCGAUGCCAAGGGUCAUCUAUGCUAUGUCACGAGAUGGACUGCUGUUCAGGUUCCUGUCCCACGUGUCGGCGCUCACACACACCCCUGCGGUGGCGUGUGUGGUCUCAGGCAGCUUCGCCGCCGUCCUCGCUCUGCUGGUGAGCCUGCGUGACCUGAUCGAGAUGAUGUCCAUCGGCACGCUGCUGGCCUACACCCUGGUCAGUGUGUGCGUCCUCUUACUGCGCUACCAGCCCGACGAGCACGCCGACGCCCACCAGGUCAACUCUGUGGAGGUGGACGGCGUCACAGCGCACCGGGACUACGGAGUCACCGCCAAAGACGACCAGAUGCUGAUUGACGAGGGCGGGUCGUCGUCCUAUCACAGGGGCGGGACUGAUGGAGAGGGAGACGACUCUGACUUCCACACGGGCCACGCCUCGCUGCUGAAAAGACUUCUGGGAGGUCACUACUACACGCUGAGGUUGAGGCUGGGGAUGCCAGACGCGUCGGCGCGGCCCACACCGUCCACCGGCCGUACGGUGACCCACUGCACCCUUGUUCUCUUCUUCAUGUCCUUCCUCCUGUGGUCCACCGUGAUAUUCGGUGUGGAGCAGGGCACCUGGGUGGAGGCAGGGUUCUCAGGACUGCUGGCCAUGGCGAUGGCAGGUUCCAUGGUGAAGCUAUUGAUCGUGAUCAUACAGCAGCCGGAGAGCUCGCAGAAGCUUCCCUACAUGGCGCCGUGUGUGCCCUUUGUCCCCGCCGCGGCCAUAUUGGUCAACAGCUACCUCAUGCUCAAACUAUCUCCUCUCACCUGGGCCAGAUUCACCAUCUGGUGCCUGAUCGGUUUGUUGAUCUACGGUUGUUACGGGGUGUGGCACAGCGCACUGGAGCUCAGCGCCCGCGAGCAGCAGGCACACGCCAGCUCCUACCAGCGCUACGACGACCACCUGGAUGACACCUUCUCCCCCGACGACGACCUUUACCCCCAGGAACAGGACGAGGCGCCGUACCAGGGCUGGUCCGCCCCGGAGGAGAGGGGCUACCACUACCAGCACCAGCAGAGGGACCAGUAUGAGGAGCCGGAGGAGAGCGGGGGCGACCAGCACGGCUACCAGUCCGGAUCCGGAGGCCGUUCUACGAGCAGAGGAGACCGGUCCACAGGAAGGACCAAUCACGGCUUUGACGCGGGAGACGAGGACGACUGAAGUGUCUCCUCCCAACACGUCAAAGACUUAUUUCAUAUUUCACAUGAGACGCUAAAGAGGCUCUUUGAGCAGCAGCCAUUUAAAUGACGUGGAGUGUCCAGUCUGGCCAGUAGGGGGCAGAUCACGUGGAAAUAAAACGCUUGAAAUUAUAUCAGUUUCAUUAGAUUUAAUAUAGAUCAAUAUAUAGUUUAUGAUAAAAACAAAUGUAUGUUAUAAAUCUAUAAAUUAAAAAGAAUAAAAUGGGGUGUGGGAAAGUAGCCCAUGAACCGCAAGUUUGACACCUCUGGUUUUAACAAUCCUAUUAAUUAAUUUAAUUAUUUUUAAGGCAUUGGGAAUGUGGUAAAAGUGACGUUAAGUCCAAAUCAUAGAUGUUUUUAAAAAUGGACGUCUUUAUUCAGUUGUGAAGAAAAAGUGUCUCAGUUAGCCACCAGGGGGCCACUCUUGAAAAUUAGCUUCUACGUCUCGCGUGAGUUCAUGGUUUUAGUAAACAAUACACAAUAGCUAGCCAGAAACAUAUUAGCAUCCCCUCGACAGCAAUGUAAAUCCCAGUUCCGUCUUCCGAUAUUAAUGGGACGGCCUUUACUCCUGUGAUCCACCUGCCUAAUCCUGUGACCGGUAUCAAAAUGGCCGCCGUGACCUGUGACAAAAUGGCUGCUGUGCAAAGAGUCGUUUUCUGAUUUACAGGUACAGUACGCAGGAUUUUCUUUAUUUUUUGGGACAUUAUUGAUCCACAGCCUGUUUUUUAAAGGAAUAGUGACAUUAUUUUUUCUUGAGUUGUUUUUGUUU